UAUAUGCAGUUACGCACUUGUAGCUUUAAGCCCGCCGCCGAACUCGACGCUCACUUCUGUCCAAGUCGCUAACCCGCAAUCACGGUCCGUCGCAGCAGUGUUUCGCCCGGAGUACCUACCCAUAUAAAUAAAAAAAAAGCAUUUACAAUGGAGUUCAAACAGUUUAAAGAAUUUUCGACUGACAUGAUCGAUUACGUGGGAAAUUAUUUAGAAAACAUUCGAGAUCGGAAAGUAUUGUCAUCGGUAAAACCUGGUUACUUAAGACCACUUUUACCGACCGAGGCGCCUAAUGAUCCCGAAAACUGGAAAGAUGUGAUGUCUGACGUCGAAAAGCUGAUUAUGCCUGGGGUUACUCAUUGGCAUUCUCCAAGAUUUCACGCUUAUUUCCCUACGGCAAACAGCUACCCGGCCAUUGUAGCUGACAUACUGAGCGAUUCAAUUGCUUGCAUAGGAUUUUCAUGGAUAUCAAGCCCCGCGUGUACUGAAUUGGAAGUGGUCAUGAUGGAUUGGUUGGCUAAAAUGAUAGGCUUACCAGAAGUCUUUUUAGCCUCUGCUGGUCAGGGAGGAGGCGGAGUAAUUCAGGGCACUGCUAGCGAAGCCACUUUGGUGGCGUUGCUGGGCGCUAAGGCGCGGAUGCUGCAGAUAAUGAAACAGGCGGACCCAACAGUCGUGGACGCGGACAUCGUUCCCAAGCUGGUCGCGUACUCGUCCGCGCUGUCCCACUCGUCCGUGGAGCGCGCUGGUCUGCUGGGCGGCGUGUUGCUCCGCGCCCUGGACACGGAUGGCGAGCACAAACUCCGCGGCGACACCCUGCGAGAUGCCAUCGCCAAGGACCGCGCGGACGGCCUGAUCCCGUUCUUUGUGGUGGCGACGCUGGGCACCACCAGCUGCUGUUCGUUCGACCGCCUGGACGAGAUCGCCGAGGUGGGCAGCGCCGAGAGCAUUUGGGUGCACGUGGACGCUGCGUACGCUGGAUCUUCAUUUGUUUGCCCGGAAUAUCGUCAUUAUAUGAAAGGAGUAGAAUCAGUCGAUUCAUUCAAUUUCAAUCCUCAUAAGUGGCUUCAAGUUACUUUUGAUUGUUCAGCAAUGUGGCUAAGAAAUCCAAAUUACGUGAUAAAUGCUUUCAACGUAGAUCCACUCUAUUUGAAACAUGAACUUGAAGGACAAAUGCCGGAUUACAGACAUUGGCAAAUACCGUUGGGCCGCCGUUUUCGUUCAUUAAAAAUGUGGUUCGUAUUCCGUUUGAUUGGUGUUGCAAACCUCCAAAAGUCCAUCAGAAAAGAUAUAAAUCUCGCCCUUGAAUUUGCCAAACGAUUGGAAAACGACCCAAAGUAUGAACUUUUCAAUGAAGUCACCAUGGGGUUGGUGUGUUUUAGACUUAAGGGAUCCAACGAACUCAAUGAAGUGUUGUUGAAAGAGAUAAAUGAACGAGGCACCGUGUAUAUGGUCCCAUCGAAAGUCAAAGGAACCUUUUUCUUGCGUAUGGCUAUUUGCUCGAGGUACACACAGAUUGAAGAUAUUGACGUUACAUGGAACGAAGUGAAUGAAGCCGGUAAAACCGUAUUGAGUAAACAAUGAAAUCGGAAUAUUAUAGACCAAGAUUAAAGUUUGCAGCUAAAAUGAGCUCUGUUCAAUAUUAAGCGUUGAACAUGAAUGAUUCUUAAAACUAUAGUAUCGGAAAAUAUAAAAUAAUUAUCAAUAAAAUGAACACUAAUAAUACAAAAUCAAAUAUAAUUGUACUCGUACAAAGGAAAACUAGAUUUUACUCUAUCGUUAUAGAGACUUUAUUAACAAAACGUAUUAAUCAAUAAUGUUACAAUACUUUUUUUGAGGUCAUAAUAUUACGUAGUUCUCUUAUUUUUAUUAAUUUAAUAACUACUUAUCUAUAUCUUUAUCCCUUGAAGUGUAGAAAGAUAAAACUAUUGUAUUAUUCUAGCAUAUAUAACGAAUACAAUUUUAGGUUAGGUAUUAUUUAUUUAUUACGAGAAAUAUUCCACUUAGGCAGGUAGUAGGUACAUAUUAUAUUACAAUAAAAAAUACAUUGUAAACUUUUAAGAUUCAUCUCUCCGGUUUACUUUUUAAGAUAUAUGUAUUUCAUACAGUAAGAUUGUUACAUUUAUAUUAUUAUUUAUUUGUUUUAGAGUUAUACUUCAGAACAAAAUUAUAAUAUUUAUACUAUUGUUAUUAAUUAUUAUUAUUCCAUAUCUAUAUAUUUAGGACGGCAAUAGUUUAAAAAACAUCCGAACUUAGACCAUAAUAAUAUGAUGGUACAAAAUAAUUAUAUCUCUAAUGUAUGUUAAACGUGUUUGUAAACACUAUUCAGUGUUAUAACUUAUUUAAUUAACUAAUUUUAGUGCUUUUAUAUACUGUAAUGAAAUUACCUUAUAACUAUUAUAAAUUCCAAUAGAUUUCAAUAUUAUCCAUUAGAUUAAAUCAUAUUCUUAGUUAAACAUAAUCAAAUAUGUAUUAUAAUUUAGAUAUAACAUAUAUAUUUAAAUAAUUUAGUGUUAUUAAAAAUUAUCAGUAUUAUCACUUCACUUGUUUAUUAUUCACCAAUAUAUUUAAAUAUAAAGGCUGUGUAGCUAUGUGACAUAAGUCCCAAAGAUCCCCACAGAAAUAUAAUUCACACCAAUAUUAAUAUUUUUUAUGUAUUUCAAAUUAUUCAAAAUCGUCAAUAAACCAUUAUGUGUAAUCGUA